UGCCCGGCGUCCCUCUCCCCUGCCGGGCCGGGCCGGGCCAUGCCCCCGGCCCGCCCCCGGCCCCGGGCGGGGCUGCCCCGUGCCCGGCCCCGGCCGUCCCGCCGCGGUCUCGCCUCCCCCCGGCUCUGGCCGUACUGGCGGUGGCGCUGCUGGGCGGGCAUCAGUGCCUGGUGCGGGGGCGGCAUCGCCGCCCUUCGGCUCCGCCUGGCCCGAGCCCGGCCCCGGACCCGACGCAGGGUCCAGUCCCGGCCCCGGCCCCGGCCCCGGCCCCGGCCCCGGCCCCGGCCCCGGCCCCGGCCCCGGCCCCGGCCCCGGCCCCGGCCCCGGCUCCUCCCAUGGCCCGCGGAGGACACAUGCGGCGCGGCCGCUCCCGCCGCCUCCGCUGCGGAUUCCCCGGCCCGAGCUCCGCUGCUCGACAGCGCGGCCGCCGGCCCCAAGCCGCCGAGGCCCGGGGCGGGUGGGGAUGCCGGGCCUGGGGAGGGUGAGGGGCGCUCGGGGGCCGUUGCUGGCCCCGGGCCGAGCGCUGACAGCCGCGUCCCGCCCGCAGGGAAGGCGCAGGACGCCCUGCAGGAGCGGUACCGGCUGGGUUCGCUGCUGGGGCGCGGCGGCUUCGGCAGCGUCUUCGCGGCCACGCGGAUCUCGGACGGCGCCCCGGUGGCCAUCAAACGCGUGCCGCGGGAUCGCAUCCGGCACUGGGGCGAACUGCCCGACGGCACCAGCGCACCCCUGGAGAUCGUGUUGCUGGCCAAGGUGUCCCCUGGCUGUGGCGGUGUCAUUCAGCUCCUGGAGUGGCUGGAGCUCCCCGACAGCUUCCUGCUGGUGCUGGAGCGUCCGGAGCGGUGCCAGGAGCUCUCGGGUUUCCUGGCGGAGCGAGGGUUCCUGCCGGAGGAGGAGGCGCGGAUGCUGUUCCGCCAGGUGCUGGAGGCCGUGCGGCACUGCACCAGCUGCGGGGUCCUGCACCGGGACAUCAAGCCCGAGAACAUCCUGCUCGACCUGGCCAGCGGGCAGCUGAAACUGAUCGACUUUGGCUGUGGCGCCUUCCUCCAAGACACAGCCUACACCCAGUUUGCAGGUGAGCCCUCGCAGGGGGUGCUCCUGGGCAUCUCGUGGUGCAGCCUGG